UCUGCAACCUCUGCAACACAAACAAGCCCCUUUCUGAUCUCCUCUUCAUCAAAACCUGCCAUCACAGUUUCUGCUCGAGAUGCGUAGCACAGUACGUCUCAGAACUGGUGUUACAUAACGCCGCAGCGAUCUCUUGCCCUGUUACUAGAUGCAAAACCGGCAUUUUUGAGCCCGUGCUGUGCAGGCCGAUGAUUGAACGCGAGGUUUUCGAUCAUUGGUGUCUGAGCUUAUGUGUUUCUGUGAUAGAGAAGAAGGUCAAUUGCCCGUUCAGGGAUUGCUGUGCUCUUCUCGCUGAUGAGAGGGGAGAUCGGGAAGUGGUUAGGGAGGCUGUGUGUCCCCAUUGUCGCAGGAUGUUCCGUCCUUAGUGCGAAUCGAUAUGGCUUGCAGGGAUGAGUUGUGAGAUGUUUCAGAGGUUGGGGAAGAAGUAGAGGGAGGGAGAAGAUGGUCUGAAGGUUAUGGAUCUGCAUAGAUAGGUUGGGACAGAAGGAGAACUCGCCUGUUUAAUCAACCAUAUUAGCUUAAUUUCUUAAUUACUAGUUUGUUUUUCGCUCUAAUAUAUGAUUAUUGUUUAAUGAACUUUUUUAAGCUUAGUUAAUGGGGAAAAUGGUCUGUCAUUAUUAGUUAGUAUGGUAGGUUUUAUACUACUGGAUAUGGUGGGAAAUGGAUCAUUCUGCUACUUUGCAUUGUUGGUGGUAGAACUCUGUUUUUUUUCUCUUUUGGUGUUUUGUUUUUCUUUUUGUAGGGUAAAAAUAUUUUGUGUGAAUAAAUUUUGUAUUGAUUAGAUACAGAUAGAUAGUACUUAGAUGAUGUUGAGGUGAACAACACCCUACUAUCAUUUCAAUAUCACCAAUUACAUGAAAAAAAUAUUACCUAUGUUUGGACAAAUUCUAAAUUAAUUACAUAUAGUCUAGAGUAAACCUUGAGUAUAAUAUGUAAUUACAAAAUUACUCAUAUGUACCAUACUGCGGGGUGUUGCCCACGCACCCUCAACUCACAUAACGAAACUCCU